AUGAAGUCACCUGAAGAGUUCCAGGCACGAAAACCUUCAAACAUCAGUGAUGACAACCCAGAGUUAUGCAGUUAUUCGGAUUUCCGUCGUAAUACUCAGAUUUUAAUGCGGGACUUGAAAGGAGAGUCCCGGGCCGAUGCCACGAUUCCAAUGGGCUGGGCCUGUGCUGCUUUGAAAAAGUUUGCAAAAAAGACCUACAUUGAAAAGACAUGGAAAGAAGAGAAUCUAUAUGAGUUAAUAUGGACGAUAAUGUGUCAACGUCCAAAUUUGAAAAAGUUUAUUUGUGAUUUACUCGAGAAAGAUUUUCACGAUUAUGGAGCGGCACGGUAUUGGCGUCGUAUGCAGCCUGCACUGAUGCACAGGACAACUGUACAGAACAGAAAUGAGAUGUGUCGUGACCCUUUACUUCCAACAGAAGACUAUUUGAAUUUCCAUAAUGACGUCAAAAAUAUUGUAUUUGUACGAACGGCAGCUGAUUUGCAUAUGCUUAGCGAAGAACUGACUCGAUUGAAAAACAAGGAUCCACUCUGCAGAGUAAUUGUUGGUCUUGAUGCUGAAUGGAGCGCAUAUGUUGCUAAUAGCAGGGCGACUAUCUUGCAGUUGUCACUUCGUGACCGUAUAUUCAUCAUCGAUCUCGAUAAUCGCUCAGAGCUUCCCGCUAGUGCAUUACGGGAAUUUUUCGCAAUGUUAUUUCUUGACAAGUCCAUUUUGAAAUUGGGGUUCCAGUUCAACGAAGAUCUCGUGCAGAUGCGAGCCGCGGUUCCGCACUGUCGUGCGUUAUUCGAGCCAGAGAACGUUAUCUGCGUUGGAAGGUUAUUUGCAGAUGUGAGUUAA